UUGUUCUCACUCACAGUAUCGAUGCUUCCUGCUCAAGACUAGUCCCAGGUCUGGACUCAUUGCUGACCAGCCAACCGCGACGGCCGGUAAAUUUUAGAAAUGUCGACAUGAAAAUAUCCCACUGGUUGGGCUAUUUCAACUUUGGGGCUUGAGUCUCUCCUCUGAGUCUUGCGGGGGACGGGAUCUCAUCUUUUUGAUAUUAGAGAGCCAUUGGAAUCAUCGAACACUCAUCUUGAAUAUCUCUUUCCUGCCAUGUAACACAACUCCUGGACAAUUUGUUAUCAUCAUGGACGCCGAAGCUUCCUCGUCUUCACUACUAGUUCUCCUCUCUAACCUGUGGCUGACCGGUCCAGGAUGGUCUUCACCAGGUCCAAAACCCGGCUGAUGAAGGCAGGAGAAGGCUCGAUAGUCCCCACAACAUUGCCUAACCUCAAUCGUACGGAAGGCCAAGUCAGUGUGGAUGAAAACAAACUUUCAUCACGACCUGUCCGAUCACUUCCUCUCGAGAUCAUGAAUAUGGUCGUCACGAUCCUCUAUGCGAAGAACGAAAUGGAUGCACUUGCCAAUCUGUCACGACUCAAUAAUUCAUUCUACGACUUGGUGACCCCUCGACUCUAUCACGUUGUGCGACUCUCUGAUUCUGUCAGCUUCCACCUUUUCCUGUCAUCCCGAGAGGCUCUAAGCCAACGUCUCAUCUCAACUGGUAUUGGUAAGGGCAAAAGCAGAGAGAAUCUGGAGUAUCCAAGGCCUCGCGAACCUCCAGCUAUUGAGCACUUGGAAAUACACAUGGCCGCUUGGACCGGCUCCGAAAGGCUUUUCGAUGGCAUUGAUUUAGCCUUCAUCGCGAAGCAGUACGAAAUGGACAUUGUAGAGAAUGUAGAGAAGAAGCCGUUCGACAUCUCCACCCUUUUCAUCCGUCUCAAUCGCGUCUGCCGAGCCUCUUUCGCUGAAUUCAAAAGGAUCGCGAACUUGUUCCAACCCCUGCACUUCUCGUGGCGAGCAGAUGACAUAUAUGAGCACGGCUCCUACACAGACAUGAUCGCCUUUCAACUGCAAUGGAUGUUCAUGGAUAAGUUCAUCCGGAACAGCUUCACAUAUAGCCCUCGUGUUCGCAGUGUAGACAUGCCGCUAUGUCGUUCCUACCGAACCUCAAGCAAAACUCGCCGUCUUGUCUUCCCUGAUCAAUUCAGGGACAGGAUCUCAGACAUGCCAAAGUGCAAGAUCGUUGGGUUUUUUCUUGCGAUCUCAGCCGUCUCAUCUUUAAACCCCCCGGGCGCCGUCCAUGAAGACCCACGUCCUACAUAUAUCCUCUGCAACUUUGCCAAGGAAGAAAGAGAAGAGAUCAAGAAAGUCAUUUGUCAUACUACAAGGUGCUGGAUGUUGGACAAGACCCCACCUUCAUGCCAUUUUAUCGAAGACAGGAGCUUGAGCAAUAUGAAUGCGGCAGCUUGGAGAGACUGGCUAGAAGAGGACUAUUGGGGAGAUUCGUCAGCGCUUGACGAUCCCGUCUCGGGAGACAAGCAGGCGUAGCGUUUGAGUAGCGCAUCGGGACGGCGUCAGCAGUGCGCCGGCACUGCGGUAGCAAGCUUACGGAGAGGAGCAGGGACGCUCGUCGUGUGCUAAGCGCAAUAUAGGAGAAGAUGAGGAACCGGUUGUGAAAGGAAAGCGAGGGCUUCUACGAAUGAGGAGACUACAGUCUGUGUAUAGCUU